AUGCCCAAGUCAAAGAGAUCCAGAGUCGUUUCCCUUACGCAAACCGAUAAGAAGGGAAGGGAGGGAAAGGAGCAGCUCUACACCCAGGCGAAAGAGUGUGUUGAGAAGUAUCAAUACGCUUGGGUUUUCUCCGUUGAGAACAUGCGCAACACAUACCUCAAGCAAGUCCGUUCCGAGUGGAAAGACUCCCGUAUCCUCUUCGGCAGAACAAAGGUCAUGGCCAAGGCUCUCGGUACCACCCCCGAGGACGAGGCCGCCGACGGUUUGUUCAAGCUCACUAAAUACCUUGCCGGAAAUGUCGGUAUCCUCUUCACCGACCACCCCGCCGACGUCGUAAAGGACUGGUUCGAGAGCUACGUCAAGACCGAUUUCGCACGUGCCGGUGUCGUCGCGACAAGAGAUUUCGUCGUCCCCGCUGGCCAGAUCUACUCCCGUGGUGGCGACAUCCCCGCCGAUGACGAUGUUGUUAUGGCCAACACCCUCGAGCCUACACUCCGUCAGCUCGGUAUGCCGACUAGGCUGAAGAACGGUAUUGUUACUCUUGAUAAUGAAUACCAGGUUUGUAAGGAGGGGGAGACGCUGAGUGGACAUCAGACGAGGUUGUUGAAAAUGUUUGGCGUUGCGAUGGCGGAUUUCAAGGUCAAGUUGGUUGCUUAUUGGUCGAAGACUGGAGAAGUUACUGAGGUUGAGGAGUAA